AUCUCAUGAUCAAGGUGGCCAAUCGGACUUAGCGUACUUUAGAAAUGGACAUCUGACAGACGAAACGAUGUUUAAACAACCAUCAUUUGUCUCUUGGUUGUCUCUUUGUUAGACCAAAUCUAAUGGAAGAGGGCGGCUAAUGGCGUUUCCUGGUCGUCAAAAUGGGAUUGAUCGAAUCAAAUCAUGAAAUCUGCUCGUGUCUAUUUGCAUCCCUGUUUGUCUUGGAAAAAAAUAUCGCGAAGUUAUCUUUCCUCUCAUCGUAUGUGGGAAACGCAAGAUUAUCCUCCUGUUCUUAGAUUGAGGGGGCGUUCACUGGCUUCCAUUAGAUAUGGCACUCCCAGUCCAUUUAAUACUACCUUGGAUCUUGUUAUUUGAUAUUUGGUUCUUGGCCACGGCUGGGUCCGUGGCGGUCCAAGCCACUGAUCACGGCGUGCUGAAAGUGGACACGCCCGAAGUGAACGUUAUUCUGGGCCAGAAUGCCACCGUACCCGCUGAGCUGCACACUAACGACACGACUUUGGCGGCCACCGUGAGUUUUGAGUUCCAAACGUGGAACAUUGUGGCCAAUAUUUCGGAUCUCGAUCUGGUGGGCCCCGUGGCCUCGUUCUUCAUCCCGUUGGUGCCCGUGAACCCCGGGGAAACGGUGCUUCUCCUGCACAGCUCAGAUACGGAUUUAGAUGUGCGCAAUGCCUUCAUCCGAAUCACGGUGUCCAAGGCUGAAUGGUUGAACGUGGUGAGCGAUGUGGUGGGGUGGCUCUACUUCGUGGCUUGGUCAGCCUCAUUCUAUCCGCAAAUCUUUCAAAACUGGAAAAGGCAAAGUGUGGUUGGCUUGAACUUCGACUUCUUGGCCUUGAAUAUCAUGGGAUUCGUCUUCUACGGGGUGUUCAACGUCGCGCUCUAUUACAUAACUCCUAUUCAAAAUGAAUAUUUUGCCCGCCAUCCAACUGGAAUCAACCCCGUGCAAUUGAACGACGUUAUUUUCUCUUUGCACGCGGUGGUAUGUUGCUUGAUUACCAUGGGACAAUGCCUCAUCUACGAGCGAGGCCAUCAAACGGUCUCCAAAACAUGUGGCCUGAUCAUGGCGGCGAUUGGAUUGGCGAUCGUUGUGAGUCUGUGUUUGUCUCUGAGCCAUGUGAUGCUGUGGCUGGAUUUCUUAUACGUUUGCUCUUAUGCCAAGUUGGGCAUUACCCUCAUCAAAUAUGUCCCGCAAGCUUUCAUGAACUACCGACGCAAAAGCACGCAUGGCUGGAGCAUCGGCAACAUCCUCUUGGAUUUUACCGGCGGCACUUUGAGUAUUUGCCAAAUGCUAAUUUUGGCUUACAACAACGAUGACUGGGGCUCGAUAUUUGGCGAUCCCACCAAGUUCGGAUUGGGUUUUUUCUCAAUACUCUUCGACGUUUUCUUCAUGCUUCAACAUUACGUGUUCUACCGAAAUGCCGUGCCCCACGAACCUCUGGCGAGCGAAGAUGAAGAGCCCGCAGCCAAUGGAAACGACGAUCAAACCUUUGAAGACGAUGACCGGGAACAGGGCAGGCCUCCUCCUUACCAAAACUUUUCCAACUAAUGAACAAGAACAUUUGGAUUUUAUUUUCUACUAUGAACUAAAGAUAAAGAGUUUAUUUUUCCGUUGUAAA